AUGUAUAAUCCGUAUCAAGCUCAAUUGAACAAUGACACGAGGAGCCAGAGUCCAGGCUAUCCUUCUCAAGGCGUCAACAUAACUAACCAAUAUGAACAACAACAACAACAACAACAACAACAACAACAACAACAACAACAACAACAUGGUCAGCAACAGACUGGGUAUCCACAACAACAUCAGGGAAGCUCAGUAACUAGUGGGAAAAUGAAUGGGAAUCCAAAUGGAGCACCUUUCAAUACAUUUUUCAGUGAUCCAGCCACUCAAAUGGGUUUACAAUUUUCCCAAACGGCAUUCAACGCCUCACAACAAUACAUGCAACAAAACCUUGGCCAGCUUGUAACAAAUAAUGAUAUCAAGUAUUAUUUCAAGGUCUCCAACUCAUACGUUCUUAAGAAGUUGUUUUUAGUCCUGUUCCCAUAUAGAAAUAAAAGUUGGAUAAGACAACUCAAGGGUUCAAGUGAUGCUACCAUUAAUGGACAGCCAGCUGCAGAUGUUUACGCAACUCCAAUUGAAGAUGUCAAUGCUCCUGACUUGUAUAUUCCAGUGAUGUCGUUUCUUUCCUAUAUUUUGUUAUGGGCACUCAAGGCAGGUGUUAGCGGGGACUUCCAUCCGGAGAUGUUAGGAUACGCCACCACCAGGACUUUGGCGUUUUACCUUAUGGAUUUUGUUUUGUUGAGGAUAUCAUUCUAUGUUUUAGGCAUCAAUUCAAGAAGCAGUAAAAUGUGGGAUUUAGUUAGCUACACUGGUUAUAAAUUUGUUCCAAUUUUAGUGUUUUCUUUAUUGAAUGGGCUUAUCAAAGGAUCGAUUAUACUGAGGUACUUUGUAUUGGGGCUGCUUGUCUUCUCGCAUGGAUUCUUCCUAAUGAGAAGCUUGAAAUAUGUGGUGUUGCCUGGUGGUGGAUACGGUGGGGAAAGCAGGAUGCGGAUGCAAUACUUGUUUCUUUACUGUUUUGUUAUACAAGGAGGUUUUUUGUGGCUGCUCACCUAA